UGUUUCUGUUAACCAUGAUCUUUGCAAUUUUCUCACCAAAUUAGCUGCUAUUACAUGUAGUCUAUAAAGGCAACAAAUUGUAGAAAAGGCAAUUAUAGAAAGUUAGAAAUUAAAAGGCAACAAAUUGUCAUUGUCAUGCUUUAUUUUUUGGGUUUUUUGAAAAUUUUGAUCAGAUGAAGAUAUGCAGUGCAAGACAAUUCAUGGUCGAAUCCAACAUGAUAGGUAAGAAUAUUAUACUUAUGUAAAGGAUGUGUUUCACACCACCAACCUAACGGAUGACCUGCAGCAACAAGGGACAGCACUGGUUGCCCUGGGUAGACUCUGAUGUUUAAGUCAGUAACAAUAUGAGAAUAAGUAUAUAUAAAAUGAAGAUGAUUAUGUUAGCUACCUCUCAUGGGUUAUUGAUAGAGAGACAUAGACGUGGUGUAUCCUUCGUAAUCCCUUGUGAACUAGAGGAAGAUAUCUCCUGCUUUAUAGGAGUUAUCCUCCCUAGGAUGAUCAUGUAUAACCAAAGGCAAGAUCUCCAACUCCAUGGGAGCUAUCUGCCAUGUAGCCAUGGUGAUGGGCUUGACUUGGUCCUGCUUCUUAGUCAUGGGCCUGGGCAGUUAAGGGUAUCCAAAUAUCCCUUCCAACUUAAUUGGUUAUUGUUGUUUUAUAAAAGAUAUCAGUGACACUCUAAAAUGUAACAAUGUUUGGCACCUUUGUUAGAAGUGGAAAACAUUAAAACAUUGAAGGUUUUGUACACCUUCAAGGAAUCGGGGGUAUUGUAUUUUGCAUUCCAAACUAUAUAUCAAAUUGACAUUUUUCUUGAAUACUACAAGAAAAAAGAUACUUUAAACUCUCAAUUAAAACCAAUAAUCAAGAUUAUGCCACGUCACCUAUUUGUUUUCCCAUCUAUCUUCACUUUAAGAAGUGGAUAUAUAAAGUAAAAAGCGUAAGGUUUUUAGAAUGAUUUUAGUAUUUUGGAGUUUGAAGUGCAAAACUUCUUACAAUUUUGAGUGUGCAAAGUAUAUCUUUUGCAACCAGCAAUCAAUUGACACAAUAUUACAACCUCAGUGGAGGUCGUGGAUAUGUCCAAUCGCUUAUGGGCCAUGCUUUCUCCAGUACUGUGCUUUCUUUUGCUUAACAUACUUAUUUAAUUUUGUGUUGGGAUGUCUUCUUAAUCGUUUGCUUGCUCAGGGUGUUGAUGAGUUGGCAGCGUGGAUCGUGGGCGAGUGCGCCGAACUGGAGUAUGAGGUCAAGGAGCAGCGAAAGUUUAGAAACUACGUCAAGAAGGAGAUGACCAGACUCAAGAAUGAAAAGAUUAAAAUGGAGUGCUGCUUGGAUCAGGCGGACGAGCACAUCCGUCACUUGGAGUCUAAUCUUGAGUUCCUCCGAUAUGAGGUGUGCGAGGUCCGCGGUGAAAUGCUUCGAGCUCAAAACAUCCAGUCACAGGUGGCUGCUGAGUUGCGUUCCCAAGAGUUUGCUCAAGCAUUGGUCGCUUUGGAGGAGAAGCGUAAGGAGCUUGCCCUUGAACUUUCGGAGGAGAAAGCGUCGCGCAUGGACAGUUCAACAUCCAGUUGUCCGAGUUGAAAGGCGAUUAUGAAGGGCUGCGGUCUAGAUUUGAUGAGUAUAAAAAGGUGUGGGAAGAUAUUGACGCUGCUCAAGACAGCAUAGCUUGGAGUCUACACCACGUGCCUGCUACCGCUAAAGAGCAGAAGUAGCAGUUGGGGGAGCUGGGAGGGCAGUUAGCUUUGGCUAAUGAGGAGCUAGUUUGUUUGUACCCUCAGCUGGCCAUCGCGCAAUCUGUUAGAGAUCGUGCCUUCGGGUAUGACUACGGGGCUGGUAUGCUUCGCUUGAAGACCAACCUAUUGGCUAACCCCAACACCAAUCUGUCUAAACUGGAUUUGAAACAAUUUGAACCUAAUGAAGUGUCUUGCUGGUUUGUGGACACUUUGGAGCGCAAAAAGAUGCCUGACGCAUUCCCCUGUCCCCCACUGCCAUAAUGAAUCUUUCCUUUGUUUGUUAUGUAUAUAAGGCCCCUGUUUUGGGCUUUUCUUUAUUUUUACACUUGAACACUUUAUUUCCUUUUGUGGGCCUUGAAUUGCCCUUACUUUUUCUAUGUCAUUUGUG